UUAAUCUUUUAAUUCAAUAUAAAUAGUUAAAACUUUAAAUGCAAUAUUUAAGUAAAGUAAACAUCAAAGUUUGGUUAGCAAUCGUUGAAUAGUGCUGAAAAUGUGAUAAAUCAUUAUACUUGUUCAAAUCAAAAAUCAACAUGCAUUCUUAACUUCAUUCUGUAGGCAGUAAGUGUCACAAGCUGCAUUACCUAAUGAGUAGGCCAUCUCAGUGUUAGGCCUACCUCUUAUGUUUAUUACGAGCCUUAAACAGGUUAAGACAGUGAAAGGAAUCAAACGAAGAGAUUAUACUGAUUAUAUAAUUCAAUAGAAGAAUACAGAAAGAUAAGAAAAAUUCCCUCAAGUAUAUGGUAAAAUAACUAAUAAUAUGCAUAGCAAGAUUUGACUACAUUAGAUACGAUACGAUGUUAUAUGAGAGUGGUAGUCUAUCAUGUAGCGUAGCUGCUAUACAUUUUAAGAAGUCCUACAAAGAAGGUUACUAUUUAAUAUACAUACAAAUCCCUUUCAUAGCCUGAUUUUUCUGAUUAGUUACUAUAUUCAUGUGAUAAGUUUCACAGAGAUAAAAAGUGCAAGAGUAAAAAUGUUAACUCACACUAAAGAUUUUCCUCUCAAGUGUCCAAUAUGUGAGAAAAUUUGUUCAACUCAAUCCAAAAUGAAGGUUCAUAUAUUGUAUCACACGGGAGAGCGGCCCUUUAAAUGUUUGGCAUGUCAGAAAACCUUUUUCCAACAAACAGAAGUAAAGAGGCAUUUGUUAAAACACUUUGGGACAGGUCAUUAUAAGUGUACUGCAUGUGAAAAAUGCUUUACAGCCAAAGAAUUAAUGAAGAAACAUUCAUUAGUUCAUACAGAAGAGAGACCUUAUAAGUGCACUACAUGUGGAAAAUCCUUUGUCUCUAGAAACGUUAUGAAGAGACAUUCAUGGGUUCAUACAGGAGAGAGGCCUCAUAAGUGCACUACGUGUGACAAAUCCUUUGUGUCUAACAGCGAUAUGAAGAGACAUUCUUUGGUUCAUACAGGAGAGAGACCUUAUAAGUGCACUACAUGUGGAAAAUCCUUUAAAACCAAUGACAACAUGAAGACACAUUCUUUAGUUCAUACAGAAAGAAGACCUCAUAAGUGUACUACAUGUGACAGAUCCUUUGUGUCUAACAGCGUUAUGAAGAGACAUUCUUUGGUUCAUACAGAAAGAAGACCUCAUAAGUGCACUACAUGUGACAAAUCCUUUGUCUCUAGCAACGUUAUGAAGAGACAUUCAUGGGUUCAUACAGGAGAGAGGCCUCAUAAGUGCACUACAUGUGACAAAUCCUUUGUGUCUAACAGCGAUAUGAAGAGACAUUCUUUGGUUCAUACAGGAGAGAGACCUUAUAAGUGCACUACAUGUGGAAAAUCCUUUAAAACCAAUGACAACAUGAAGACACAUUCUUUAGUUCAUACAGAAAGAAGACCUCAUAAGUGCACUACAUGUGACAGAUCCUUUGUGUCUAACAGCAUUAUGAAGAUACAUUCUUUGGUUCACACAGGAGAGAGACCUCAUAAGUGCACUACAUGUGACAAAUCCUUUGUGACUAACAGCGUUUUGAAGAGACAUUCUUUGGUUCAUACAGGAGAGAGACCUUAUAAGUGCAUUACAUGUGGAAAAUCCUUUACAACCAAAGACAAAAUGAAAACACAUUCUUUAGUUCAUACAGGAGAGAGACUUAAGUGCACUACAUGUGACAAAUCCUUUGUGUCUAACAGCGUUAUGAAGAGACAUUCAUUGGUUCAUUCAGGAGAGAGACCUUAUAAGUGCACUACAUGCGGAAAAUCCUUUGUGUCUAACAGUGUUAUGAAGAGACAUUCUUUGGUUCAUACAAGAGAGAGACCUUAUAAGUGCGCUACAUGCGGAAAAUCCUUUGCUUAUAAAAGCGUUAUGACGAAACAUAUUGCAAUGGUUCAUAGAUGAGAGAGACCUUUUAAGUGCAAACCCUGUGGAAAACCCUUUGCUUCUAACAGCAAUAUGAAGAAACAUAUUGCAACGGUCCAUACAGGAUAGAUAUCUUUUAAAUGCCUUACAUUUGGAAAAUUCUUAGCUUGUAACAGGGAUAAGAAGACACAUAUUGCAAUUGUUCAUACAGGAGAGAGACCUUAUAAGUAGUGUCCACAUUCUGGAAAGUCAAUUAUAGUCAUGGAAAAAUAUUCUGGUCAUUGAAAGUCAUGGAAAUAGACAAACAGUCAUGGAAAUCCACAAGGAUGGAUGGAUUUGAGGGGACUUUUCUAUAUGCUCUAGUCGGCCGUAACCCUGACUAAUAUUGUAGCAUUUUUCAGGAUUUUACACAAAUGUACGACAAUUCAAUACAUUACAGUUUUAUUUGUUUACAAGCAUCAAAAUGAAAAAAAAAACGGUCCCGGGCCUAGGUCUUACAAUGAGACCUAUGGUAAUAGCUACUAAAUUCGCUAAAAGAAAGUGGAGAGAGAACUUUGCCAGCUAUGGGGACGGAGGAGGCUGGGUUUUCUUUCUUCCUUCCUUAUUUUGAACACCACCAUGUAUAAGCAAAAUUUAUUACUCAAUUGUUAUCUGUUAAUACAUAUUUCAGUAUUUUCUGUGAAAUAACUUGUCUAGGCAGUAUUAUUUGUGUGUGUAUGUUAUAUUAUAAUUUUCUAGUAAAAUUCGUGAGUCAUGUAAAUCAAUGGUAAAUGGCCAUGGAAAUAAAUAAAAAAAUAUCUGUAAACAUCCUAAUAAGUCCAUUACAUGUGGAAAAUCCUUCACAUCAAAAUGCGCUAUGAAGAGACAUUUAUUGAUUCAUACAGGAGAGAGAACUUACAAGUGCACUUCGUGUGGACAAUCGUUUGCAUUUGUAAGCUUGACACAUAUUAAAAGGGUUCAUAUUAAAGUAAGAAUGCAUUGCACGACUUUCGUUGAUAUAAAUCAGUAUCGCGACGUCUAAAAUAUAAUUUUUGAGCUGUUUUACAACGUCUAAAAUAUAAUUUUUGAGCUGUUUUACAACGUCUAAUAUAUAAUAUUUGACUGUUUGCACAACAUUCAAAUCUCAC